UAAACAUCAGUUCCACCUGUGUAAAGAUGGCUCACACAGCAAUAAAACACAACUCCCCUUAAGACCUGGAGAACAUACUACAACUUCCCUACAUGAACAAUAAACCAGUUUAGAGUUAUUGCAUGUUUUCACAUGUCUGGCGGCCGUUUAUCUGAUUCUCAUAUUUACCUGAAACAGUGAAAGAAAUUUCAGAGUUGCUGUUCAACACGGCAGUGUGGAGAAGGAAACAGAAAGAUCUACAAAUAUUUGAGACUCUAAAAUGAAUCUCUAUGGGGAGAGAGAGGAGCAGGAUGUUGUUUACGACCAGAACCAGAGAGCAGCAUCUUCAGAGCCCAGCUGUGUGUCUUUGAAGAGUGAGGAAUCGAUACAUCAGCCUCCUAAUCUAUGUGAUGGAACAGUGAACUCUAGCCCCAGACAAAAGGACAGUUAUUCAGCAUCAUGUCCAGCUGUAUCCAGAUCUACGUCUAUGAGUAGAGAUGAAUCUAAACUUCACCCUGAUAUCAGUGAUGGAGCAGUGAUCUCUGACCCUGUAGACGUUCAGCCUGAAGACCUGCAGCAGAAUUCUCACCAACCAGUAGAUGAUAAACUACAGAGAGUCAAAGACCAACACAAAACCAGAAUGAAGAACAGGUAUGAGAGCUUAUUUGAGGGAAUCAAAGUUCAAGAUAAUCAAACCCUGCUGAACAGGAUAUACACAGAGCUUUACAUCAUAGAAGGAGAGAGUGAAGUGAUGAAUGAAAAACAUGAGAUUUUACAGAUGGAGAAAACACCCAGAACACACUACUCUCAAGACACUGCGAUCAAAUGCAAUGACAUAUUUAAACCUCUACCUGAACCAGGAUGUGAGGAGAGAGACAAAAUCAAGAUUGUUCUUACUAAAGGCAUCGCUGGUAUUGGAAAAACAAUCUCUGUGCAGAAAUUUGUUCUGGAUUGGGCAGAGGGAAAUGCCAAUCAGGAUGUAGAUUUCAUGUUUGUGCUUCCAUUUCGAGAGCUAAACUUGAUUCAAGAUCAUCAGUACAGUCUUCACAGACUUCUGCUGGACUUUCAUCCUGAACUUCAAGAUCUGCACUCAAAUAUUUAUGAGAAGUGUAAAGUUGUGUUCAUCUUUGAUGGUCUGGAUGAAAGCAGAAUGAAACUGAUGUUUUCAGACAGUGGGAAAGUUUCUGAUGUAACUGAGACUUCAUCAGUGGUUGUGCUGAUGUCAAACCUCAUGAAAGGAGAGCUGUUUCCCUCUGCUCUCAUCUGGAUCACCUCCAGACCAGCAGCAGCCAAUCAAAUCCCCUCCAAAUACAUCAAUCGUCUGACAGAAAUUCAGGGAUUUGAUGAGCCUCAGAAGGAGGAAUAUUUCAGGAAGAGAAUCAGUGACGAGCAUCAAGCCAACAGAAUCAUCUCACACAUCAGAAGAGCAAGAAGCCUCCACAUGAUGUGCCACAUACCUGUCUUCUGCUGGAUCUCAUCCACUGUGCUUCAAAAGAUACUGAAAGAAGAUCUGAGUGCAGAAAUCCCUCAAACUCUAACUGAAAUGUACAUUCACUUUCUGCUGACUCAGAUCAACAUGAGAAAUCAGAAGUAUGAAAAGAGAGAUCCAGAGAAACUCCUGCAGUCCAACAGAGAAGUGAUUGUGAAACUUGCUGAAGUGGCUUUCAAACAGCUGAUGAAGGGCAAUGUGAUGUUCUAUGAGGAGGACCUGAUUGAGAGUGGCACUGACGUCAUUGACGCCUCCGUGUAUUGUGGUAUUUGCACUGAGAUCUUUAAAGAGGAAUCUGUGAUUCAUCAGAGAAAAGUCUACAGCUUCAUACAUCUGAGCUUUCAGGAGUUUCUAGCUGCAUUCUAUGUGUUUUACUGCCAUGUAGUUAAAAAUAAGGAAUUACUGCAGUUUCUGGGUGAAAAAUAUAAAUAUGAUCAUGGCUCUGAAUAUUAUUCUAAUUGUGGUUAUAAUGAGCACAUCUCUUAUGAAGUUUCCCUGUAUGAGCUACUAAUAUCAGCAGUUGAUAAAACUCUUCAGAAUGAAAAUGGACACCUGGAUCUUUUUCUGCGGUUCCUGCUGGGCAUCUCGCUUGAGUCCAAUCAGAGACUCUUACUUGAUCUUCUGGUACACAAAGAGAACAGCUCAGAGACCAUAAGAGAAAUCGCACAGUACAUUAAAGAUGAAAUAAAGACAAAUGACAAUCUUUCAGCUGACAGAUCCAUUAAUCUGUUCCUCUGUCUGCUGGAAGUGAAUGAUCAGACUCUGUACAUAGAGAUUCAAGAGUUUGUUAAAUCAGACAAACACUCAGAGGAGAAACUUUCUCCUGCUCACUGCUCAACAAUCGCCUACAUGCUUCAGAUGUCAGAAGAGGUGCUGGAUGAGUUUGAUCUUAUGAAAUACAACACAUCAGAUGAAGGAAGACAAAGACUGAUACCGGCUGUGAUGAACUGCAGAAAAGCUGUACUUGCUGGAUGUGGUCUCUCCAAUCUGCACUGUGAAAGUUUGUCUUCAGCUCUCCAACCAUCAAAUUCCAAUCUGACAGAGCUGGACCUGAGUAACAAUGAUCUGCAGAAUUCAGGAGUAAAGUUGCUCUCUGUUGGACUAAAGAGUUCACGCUGUGAACUCCACAUACUGAGACUUGCUGGAUGUGGUCUCUCUGAUUUGCACUGUGAAAGUUUGUCUUCAGCUCUACAGUCAUCAAACUCUCAUCUAAGAGAGCUGGAUCUGAGUAACAAUGAUCUUAGGGAUUCAGGGGUGAAGAUGCUCUCUGUUGGACUAAAGAGUUCACACUGUCAACUUAACAUACUGAGAUUGGUCAUCUGUAAUUUCACUGGUCAGUGCUGUGGAAGUUUGUCUUCAGCUCUACAAUCAUCAAACUCUUGUCUGAGAGAGCUGGACCUGAGUAACAAUGACCUUCAGGAUUCAGGAAUAAAGAUACUUUCUGAUGGACUGAAGAGUUCACACUGUCAAAUAAACAUACUGAGAUUGUCUGGGUGUAUGUUGACAGAGGAAGGCUGUCGUUAUGUGUCUUCAGCUCUAAAUUCAAACCCCUCACACCUACGAGAGCUGGAUCUGAGCUACAAUUACCCAGGAGAUUCAGGAGUCAAGUUACUUGGUGAUACACUCAACCAUCCAAACUGCACACUGGACAAACUAAAUGUGGAUCAUGGAGGAGAGUUCAGGAUUACAACAGGACUACACAAAUAUGCCUGUGAUCUCACACUAGAUCCAAACACAGCAAACACUUGUCUCAUUCUGUCUGAGAAGAACAGAAAGGUGACAUAUGUAAGAGAAAAACAGUCAUAUCCUGAUCAUCCAGAGAGAUUUGAUGAGUGUCAUCAGGUGUUGUGUAGAGAGAGUCUGCCUGGACGCUGUUACUGGGAGGCUGAAUGGAGUGGACAUGAUGUUGAUAUGUCAGUCACAUAUAAAAGAAUCAGCAGGAAAGGUGGGAGUGAUGACUGUUGGUUUGGAUCCAAUAAAAAUUCUUGGAGCCUGAUCUGCUCUAAUUUUGGUUUUACUGUUCGUCACAAUAAUAAGUUCACUGUUACACGUGUCCCUUCACACUCCUGUAGGAGAGUAGGAGUGUAUGUGGAUGUGCCGGCCGGCACUCUGUCCUUCUACAGUGUCUCUGAUACACACACACUCACACACUUACACACAUUCACCUCCACAUUCACUCAGUCUCUCUAUGCUGGAUUUACGGUUUUUGAUGGUUCCUCAGUGUUUCUGUGUGAGAUUGAAAAACCUGUGAGCAACAACAGAGACGUAACACACACAACAGACUGAAAGAGAUACUUUCACUUAUAUAUACACUCACCUAAAGGAUUAUUAGGAACACCAUACUAAUACUGUGUUUGACCCCCUUUUGCCUUCAGAACUGCCUUAAUUCUACGUGGCAUUGAUUCAACAAGGUGCUGAAAGCAUUCUUUAGAAAUGUUGGCCCAUAUUGAUAGGAUAGCAUCUUACAGUCGAUGGAGAUUUGUGGGAUGCACAUUCAGGGCACGAAGCUCCCGUUCCACCACAUCCCAAAGAUGCUCUAUUGGGUUGAGAUCUGGUGACUGUGGGGGCCAUUUUAGUACAGUGAACUCAUUGUCAUGUUCAAGAAACCAAUUUGAAAUGAUUCGAGCUUUGUGACAUGGUGCAUUAUCCUGCUGGAAUUAGCCAGCAGAGGAUGGGUACACGGUGGUCAUAAAGGGAUGGACAUGGUCAGAAACAAUGCUCAGGUAGGCCGUGGCAUUUAAACGAUGCCCAAUUGGCACUAAGGGGCCUAAAGUGUGCCAAGAAAACAUCCCCCACACCAUUACAC